AUGGCCUUGAAAGCCUUUCUAUCCAACCCCGCCGAGGAAAUCCGUCAACGCAGGCACAGCACCAUCCUCGAUCCGUCUCCGAGAAGUCCUACCAGUAGCCACUCGGUCUCGUCGAACCAUGCUCGCCAAUCUUCCAUGAAAAGGCUGAGCCUAGGCUUGUCUUAUUCGAACGACAGCCCAUUUGCACCCUUUCUCUCCGACGAGCCUGAAGAUCUGUCCUCCGAACGACAUCCUGUACCCGCCACUAGGCAAUCUGUUUCUCACAAUACAGAUCAUGUUGAGCCUGAGCCUGUGAUCGACGUCCAACCGUCUCAAGACCCCCAGCAGAAAGAAAGCCUGCCACCUACAACCGAGGACCCUUUGAGUCUUCCGCUACCGAGACCCCAAAGAUUUUCCAUUCUCGGUUUCAGACAUGCUUCAGAUCCACAGCUCUCGACCAGGUUUAGAAAUCAGGAAUCAGUUGCUUCAAAUAAUAACAAUGCCGCCCCCCCGAAAAUCAUAACCACUGCGCCUACUUCAAAUGACAUGGACGAAGCUGUCUCGAAAAAUGUAAAACGAAACCUUUUUGCCCGUACAGCUAGUCCGUUUAGAAAGAGCAGCAUGAUAAGAGAGGAUGCGGCCGAGUCUCAUGCAGAGGAGCACGCCGGUCGAACAUCUCGCGGCAAUGGGUCUACCUUGGCCAAGAUGAUUUUGCAGGAAAGAACUUCCUUUGAACGAUUACCACGAACAAAGCCAGUCAACGGCGUAUUGUCGCCCCCAGCCUACGGUGAUGAGUCCUCUUCAUCUCUAGCAAUUCCGGUCACGCGUUUGUCUGAUUCUUCCCGCUCCGAUGAUAGCUCUGGUGAACAUCAUGUCUAUGCUAAAACCACCACCACCCAUACCAUUUCCACUACAACUACAUUUUUCAAGUUAAAGAGACGGAAGAAGGACAAAGGCCCACUAUUUCCCUUGCCUGAAAAAUUCCCUCACCCUGCGUCGGGGCGGACUAGUACUUCACAUACUCCUCAAGAACGAGGCUUUGGCAGAAAGUCUAUGUCUCCGAGUAGGAAGUCAGGAGCCACCAUUAGAUUUGAUGCUGAGCCCAGCAGACGGGACUCUGCCGAACCCUCUCCUACACAGUCUGUCACUGCUCUUACAAAUGCUCCAUUCGGCUCCCCUGGACCCACCGUCGUAAGACAGGACACAGCCUGGUCAACCCAUUCGGGCCAAUCAACACCCUCAGUCACCUUGAUUCCACCUCGUCUUGGUGCUAGAGGCAGGUCAUCCACUAUGAGUUCUCUUGGGAGAUCAGCUGAAAAGCUACUUGAUCCGGUCCCCCAGACAGCCUCUGCGAGAACAUCCACUUCGACAAGCGGCCGACGGAGCUUUGGCGACUUGUUGUCACUGCCACAUCGGCUACGACAGAACUCAGCUCCACCAACACGUUAUGGUGGUGGCACAGGUACUAGCACUCCCGGAUCGAAAGCAAACUCUUUACAAAUCCCGCGAGAGCAAGAACCUGAGCGAGUUUAUCCGAAACGGGAGGAUGGUGACACCCCUGCCAGCUAUCUGGAAAAGCUCGAGGCUGCGGUUCCGAGAGGCUCCAUGGCGACCAUCCUCUGCAAAAGUGCGGACGACUUUUGCAAGACUUGCCUACGCAAGUAUAUGCGUGGAUUCUCUUAUUUUGGGGAUUCUAUUGACAUGGCUGUUCGCAAGAUGUUGAUGGAAGUGGAGCUACCCAAGGAAACUCAACAAAUUGAUCGGUUACUUGCAGGAUUUGCGGAUCGCUAUUAUGAAUGUAAUCCUGGCAUCUUUGCAUCGACUGACGAGGCGUCCUAUGUGGCUUUCUCCAUUCUUCUGCUACAUUCUGACGCCCACAAUAAAAACAACAAACGCAAGAUGCAAAAGCAUGACUAUGUCAAGAAUACACAACAGGGCCAAGUGCAAAUCUCGACGGACAUUCUGGAAUGCUUCUACGACAAUAUCUGCUAUACUCCCUUCAUUCACUUUGAUGAUGAAAUCGCUAUCAAUAGUCAUCGUCUAGCGGCACCUAGACUGAAGAAGGGUCUUAUCAAGACGAGAAGUGUGGAAAGCCUUCGUGGCCCUGUCGAUCCAUAUACUCUUAUUCUGGACAACAAAUUAGAGGUGUUGCGCCCACCCCUCAAGGAUGUUAUGGAUUCUGAGGACAACUAUAGUUCUACCGGAACUGCUGGUAGUCUGGAGACGACUGAGAUCUCGAAAGCCUUCUCCAAUUCAGCUGUCCUGCAGAUUGUUUCUGCUCGGUCUAGGCCUGACGCCUUUCUCUCGCAAGCUACAAUUAGUAAUCCUGGAGAGGCUCAGGCAGGUAUUGUGAGUAUCAAAGUGGCAAAGGUUGGAUUAUUAUGGCGCAAAGAUCCUAAGAAAAAGAAGGCGAAGCGACCAUGGCAGGAAUGGGGUGCCGUACUUACUGACUCCAAACUCUACUUCUUCAAAGACAUUAGUUGGGUGAAGAGACUAAUUGCGCAGUACGACAAUCACAUGAAAGCAAGUGGUAAGACCAGUCCGUUGGUGUUCAAACCACCGUUGCCCUCAUUCGACCCAGAUGCCUUGAUGUCAAUGGAUGAUGCUGUUUCACUUGUAGAUUCCAGCUACAAGAAGCACAAGAAUGCUUUCGUUUUCAUCAAACAUGGUGGCUUUGAAGAGGUUUUUCUGGCCAACAGCGAGGCGGAAAUGAAUGAUUGGAUAGGGAAGUUGAAUUAUGCCGCAACGUUUCGAACUGCUGGAGUUCGGAUGCGUGGAUCCUUGGGCACUCCUUAUGACACGAGACAUCUUCUUCGGAAAGAUUCUGAUUUCUCACAAAAGAGUGGUGACAAUACGCACAAAGAGAAGAAGCAAGAUCCUCAAAUGGCAUGGGAAAUCAUGUUUUAUCGACGGCAGCUGAUCAACGAGAAAAUCAGUGACUUUGAUGAGAAGAUCGCUGCUGCCCAGAAAGAGCUUGACCAAUUGUUGCGAAAUGCUCGACAUCUACUGAUCCUCCUUCCAAUUCAACAGAAGACACGCGAAAGUCUUGUUCUUGGUGCAGGCCGGAUGUCAGCCAAGCUCAAGUGGACCAGAAUCGAGCUUUGGCGGACGCGAACACACAGGGAUAUCUUGAGCAAAGAUCUCGAGCAAGAAGGAGUGACUGCCUUCCCUGCUCCUCGAGCUUCGACCACAUCUACUCCCCAGAAAACAACGCCACUGAAGACUGGGCAAACGCUGGGGAGAACAGUGACUGACACCAGUCAUUUGACAUUAUCGCCUGUGAGCGCCACCUCAUCACGACCAUCAAAUCUGCUUGAGAAGUUGAAGACUUCAGAAAAUGAAGAGGGCCGCCCAGGUCUAGAUGGCACAUUAGAUCUUCCUCUUCUUGCCAGUGCCUCAACUUCUGGGGAACAAUUAUUGUCAAGACGUGCUAGUACUCAAGACUCACACUCUUUGGCACACCAAGCUUCUAUUAUUAGUUCUCAUCAUAGCCGCGAGAACAGUCGACACGCUAGAACAAACGAUGAGAGUGAGGAGCAAGUCCUACGUGAAGCAGGAUUGAUUGGUAUUGAUGGCAGUGUACCUAAGGAUAGGCGGCCUGAGACCAGCGAGUCUGAUCGAGAUAGAAUCACCGCAGUUUCCCCAGCAGAUGUUUCCAAGGGCAGCAGUGUAAGGCGCCUGCAUCGAAGCUUGCGUGAAGGGCACCUCCCACAUGGAGUACAUCACCACUCACCAAGUAUUCAUCGGCAUAAGAAAGGACGAGAAUCUGGUUCCAGUAUUACCCCAACCGAGGACAGUGUUCGUUCCAUCAACGAAGCUGAAGAAUUGAAGAGAGGCACCGGAAGUUUUAUAUUGCAUGGCAAAAAAGCGAGUGUGAUCACAAUGUCAUCAGACUGGCAAUCAAUGUCCAGCGAAGAAAGGAUGAAGUUAAGGAAGGUUGUGCAUGGGGACGAGAACAAGGACCGACCUGAUACCAUCCCGGAUGAAGGAGCUGCGGUUGAGACGGCAAGUAACGCCUCCAGGCAGAGUGAGGAAUUCUACAAUUCCAUGGCCUCAAAUAAUAGGGAGAGUGUUGCGACAACUGCUGGGGAGCUCUUUGUCGAUGCAGAAACCGGAGUCGAAUCCGCCAGAAGUUCUCGGUUGAUUAACGAUAGCAACAGUCGUUGA